AUGGCAACUUCAACCACAACCGAUGCCCCAAGCCAACUCUACCAUGGCCUCGCCUUGAGGGCAUCAACUGACAUGGGCUUCGACGACUUGACACGCGGUGACCGUCAAGGGAAGCUCAGACUGAGAGGGAUCCCUCAGUUCUCCGAUCCUUUGAAGCAGCGCCAGUGGAUGCGUGAGCAUAUGGCCGCUGCUUUCCGCUUUUUCGGGAAGAUGGGCUACGCGGAAGGCAUCGCAGGUCAUAUUUCCAUGCGCGACCCGGUCUUAGAGGACCAUCUCUGGCUUAACCCAUACGCCAAGCACUUUUCGGCCAUGAAAGCUUCAGACUUGGUUCUUGUGGACAGCGAAGGGUUCGUUGUCGAGGGCGGGAAUCAGGCAGUCAUCAACACUGCUGGCUUUGUGAUCCACUCAGAGGUUCACAAGGCCCGUCCCGAUGUCAUGGCGGCUGCUCAUGCCCACAGUGUCUACGGGAAGACAUGGAGCGCCUUUGGAAAACCCGUUGAGAUGCUUACCCAAGAUGCAUGCAACUUGUUUGGGAAGCAAAGCGUAUACGACUCACAUGGCGGAGCUGCUCUGGCCCAAGAGGAAGGACAAGCUAUUGCUAAGGCGCUAGGAAAGACAAACAGCGUUUGUAUCUUGAAAACCCAUGGACUUCUCACGGUAGGUGCAACGGUAGAUGAGGCGGCCUUCCUCUUCCACAAUCUAGAAAGAGCUUGCCAUUCUCAACUACUAGCCGAAGCAGCCGCGGCAAAUGGGUUGGAGAAGACCAUCAUCCCUGAUGACGUCGCGCGAUUCACAGCCCAGGUAGCCCAGAGUGCGGACAAUUUCUACGUCGAAUUUCAGCCCGAGUUCGAUCUGAUAGUGGAGGAAAGCAAAGGAAAAGUGUUGGAAUAA